AUGUCCGCCGAGACGUAUGCCGGCCUUGCGGACAUUAUCAAAAACCUCGCCAAACAACACGAUCCCUCCCACGAGCCCUCGUUCCCUGCACAAAUCGCCGCCAAUGGCGCCAAGCACGCUGCCCUCGAGCUGCCGGGGCCUGCCUCGGAGGAAAAGGCACACCUCGAACAGGAGAUAGCCGCGCUCUGCGCAAGGAUAGAUUUCCUCGAGCACAAAAGCAAUGCCGUCGUCAACCACAACACAUUCCCCAUGACCCCGGCAGGCGAGCCGCAAGAAGAUGGUCUGGUCUACACGCCCACAGGCGCCUUCCGCGCCAGCAACGGCCCUCUUAGCCACGCUCGCCGCGGCUCCAACAAGGAGAGAGCCCUCUGGGUUAGCAACUGGCUGGCUGCGAAGGAGUCCAAUGGCGAAUCCGAGGAGCCUGCCGCCGCACUCACCGAAGAACAGCUCAACUAUCUACGCGAUCAUCUCAACAAGCAAGCCGACCAGAUCAAGAACCAACGCGAACACAUCGACAACCUCUCCGCCGAAGUAAACAAGCAGCUCACUAACCAGAACAUCGUCUUUGAACAUGGAAUCGAGGAUAUUGGUGCCCUGAAGCGUGAGCUGGGCAAGCAUCAGCAAGCCAACCUGGCUUUCCAAAAGGCCCUGCGAGAGAUUGGCGCCAUUGUCACAGCCGUCGCUAUGGGUGACCUCAGCAAAAAGGUCCUGAUCCAUGCAAAGGAGAUGGACCCUGAAAUCACCCUAUUCAAGCGCACUAUCAACACCAUGGUCGACCAGCUGCAGGAGUUUGCUAGUCAAGUCACGUUCCUAGCCAGAGAAGUCGGCACUGAAGGCAGACUUGGUGGUCAAGCCAAUCUUCCUGGCGUCGCUGGUAUUUGGGCUGAAUUAACUGAUAGCGUCAAUGUCAUGGCCAAGAACCUUACCGAGCAGGUGCGAGAGAUUGCUGUUGUUACCACUGCCGUCGCCCAUGGCGAUCUGAGCCGAAAGAUCGAACGUCCAGCCCGAGGUGAAAUCUUGCAGCUUCAACAGACAAUCAAUACCAUGGUGGAUCAGUUGCAGUCAUUUGCAACCGAAGUUACAAAGGUGGCUAGAGAUGUCGGUACCGAAGGCAAGCUCGGUGGACAGGCUGAGAUUGCCGGUGUCAAGGGCAUGUGGAACGAGCUCACAGUCAACGUGAACGCCAUGGCACAGAACCUUACUACGCAAGUGCGAGAUAUCGCCCAGGUGACAACCGCUGUCGCACAAGGAAACCUUACCCGCAAGGUCGAAGCCGAGUGCAAAGGCGAGAUUCUAGAGCUCAAGAAUACAAUCAAUCGCAUGGUGGACCAACUGCAGCAGUUUGCUCACGAAGUAACGAAGAUUGCGAGAGAGGUCGGAUCGGAGGGACGACUCGGCGGACAAGCUACUGUACACGGCGUUGAGGGCACCUGGAAAGACCUCACUGAGAACGUGAACGGCAUGGCCAUGAACUUGACGACGCAGGUGCGCGAGAUUGCGGAGGUCACGACAGCUGUCGCACGUGGAGAUCUCAGCAGAAAAGUCAAAGCAGAGGUUCAGGGUGAGAUUCUGUCUCUGAAGAUAACCAUCAACACCAUGGUAGACCGUCUGAAUACGUUCGCACAAGAAGUUAGCAAGGUCGCGCGCGAGGUCGGAACGGACGGAAUCCUUGGAGGCCAAGCUCAAGUCGACAACGUUGAAGGCAAAUGGAAGGAUCUAACCAACAAUGUCAACACCAUGGCCCAAAAUCUCACAUUACAAGUGCGAAGUAUCUCGGAAGUCACUCAAGCUAUCGCCAAGGGAGACAUGAGCAGAAGAGUCCACGUAGACGCUGAAGGAGAAAUCCGGCUGCUCAAAGACACCAUCAACGACAUGGUCAUGAGGCUGGACGAAUGGUCACUCGCUGUGAAGCGAGUAGCUCGCGAUGUGGGUGUCGAUGGAAAAAUGGGUGGCCAGGCUGAUGUCAGAGACAUCGACGGACGCUGGAAGGAAAUCACUACCGAUGUCAACACCAUGGCUCAGAAUCUGACAUCGCAAGUGCGCGCUUUCGGCGACAUCACCAAUGCUGCCAUGGAGGGCAAGUUCACUCAGAUCACCGUUGAAGCAUCCGGCGAGAUGGACGAGCUGAAGAGGAAGAUCAAUCAGAUGGUGUCCAGUUUGCGAGAGAGUAUCCAGAGGAAUACGGCUGCCAGGGAGGCAGCCGAGUUGGCCAACAAGACCAAGUCGGAGUUCCUGGCAAACAUGUCGCACGAAAUUCGAACGCCUAUGAACGGUAUUAUUGGAAUGACGCAGCUCACCCUCGAUACCGAUCUCACGCAUGCGCAGCGUGAGAUGUUGACCAUUGUACAUAACUUGGCUGGUCAGCUUUUGACAAUCAUCGACGAUAUUCUCGACAUCAGUAAAAUCGAGGCCAACCGUAUGGUCAUGGAAGAGAUUCCAUUUUCCAUGCGUGGCACCAUCUUCAACGCACUUAAAUCAUUAGCCUCAAGAGCCAACGAGCGCAAACUGAAUCUCGCCUACGACGUAUCCUUCAAGGUUCCAGACUACGUCGUUGGUGACUCGUUCAGGCUGCGCCAGAUUAUUCUCAACCUGGUCGGUAAUGCGAUCAAAUUCACGGAGCUUGGAGAGGUCAAGGUUGCCAUAUCCAUGGCGCAAGAACAGGAGUGUGGUCCAGAUCAAUACGUCUUCCAGUUCGCUGUUUCAGAUACUGGCAUCGGUAUCCGUGGUGACAAGCUCAACUUGAUUUUCGACACCUUCCAGCAGGCUGACGGCUCGACUACCAGGAAGUUCGGUGGUACUGGGUUGGGAUUGUCCAUCUCCAAGCGUCUUGUUACCCUCAUGGGCGGUCGCAUGUGGGUCGAAUCAGACUUUGGCAAGGGCAGCAUCUUCUAUUUUACGUGCAGAGUUCGUCUCGGUCACCCCGAGCUGGCUGCUAUUCAGCCUCAGCUUGCGGCAUACAAACAGCACACCGUGCUUUUUGUCGACCAAGGCCACACCAAAUUCUCGGAUAAGAUCAUCGACCACUUGAAGACUCUGGACCUGGUGCCGAUGGUUGUCAAUACGGUUGAACAAGUCCCUGACACAGCUAAGAGAACUGACAUGCCAUACGACUGCGUAAUCGUUGACAAUGAAAAAACGGCGCGCGAGCUCAGGGUGGCAGAGCGGUUCAAGUAUAUUCCACUUGUCAUGCUCACCCCACAUGUAGCAAUUAGCCUGAGGUCGGCUCUUGAGAACGGCAUUUCAAGUUAUAUGACCACGCCAUGUCUCCCGAUCGAUCUAGGCAAUGCGCUCAUUCCUGCACUUGAUGGCCGUGCGGCGCCCCUGGUCUCUGACCACUCGAAGUCGUUCAACAUUCUCCUUGCCGAGGACAACGCCGUGAACCAGAAGCUUGCGGUCAGGAUAUUAGAGAAGUACCAUCACCGGGUUACUGUGGCUAACAAUGGUCUUGAGGCAUUCGAGCACAUCCAAAAGAAGCGCUACGACUGCGUGCUGAUGGAUGUGCAAAUGCCUGUCAUGGGUGGUUUUGAAGCUACCGCGAAAAUCCGUGAGUGGGAGCGUGAGAAUGGCGUCUCGUCGACACCAGUCAUUGCCCUCACUGCGCACGCCAUGGUGGGCGAUCGCGAGAAGUGUCUCGCGGCGCAGAUGGACGACUACCUGUCCAAACCGCUUCGCCAAAACCAACUCAUCCAAACCAUACUUCGCUGCGCCACACUUGGUGGUAAUCUCUAUGACCACGACAGCCGCCACACGAUAGAUCACCUGCCCGAGCUCCAGCUCCCCGGUGGCAGCCCAGCAAAGAAGCGCCCGCAGAUUGAAGCAAGAGGCUUUACAGAGAGAGGGAAUGCGGCUGAUAGCCCCAAGCUGCUAGCGGUGGACCAGACGGAUUCUAGCAGUGUAGAGAGAGUACGUGCCUUGUCCGCGAGUUUGUAA